CAAGUUUUGAUAACUGACUUGCGUCAGGCGGGUUGCUUUUAGCGUUGUGCGUUAUUUCGUCGGAGAAAAAGUAGUGCUGAAACAUAUAAUUUUUAAUAAUUAGCAAUGUUCGUUAUAGUUUUAUUUUGUGAAUUUGAUAAAAGAUAAUUGACAACGCUAGUGAACUGUUUCGUUGCAAUUUUGUCUUUUGCGUGGCUUAUAAAAGUUUUCAAGUUGGUCACUUCGAAGUUUUAUAAGUGCUUGUUUACUGUUUUUGUGUUCUUAAAGUUUUUGGCUGCUUUUAACUUUGUAUUGCGUUAUCUAGAAGAUAGCAUGGCGUAGACACUACAGCUACACUUCUGCUGUCAAAACUGUUUCGCAUCUUACUUUCGAAGGUGUUGUACUUGAUGCGGUGACAGGAUGGAGGCGGACCGCGACAAGCGCAUGCUGGAGCGCGAGGUGCUGCGCAACAUGAUCCAGCAAUGGAACGCCAACAGGCUCGACCUCUUCGAGCUGAGCGAGCCCAAUGAGAACCUGGAGUUCCAUGGAGUAAUGCGCUUCUACUUUCAAGACUCCGGCCAGAAGAUAGCGACGAAAUGCAUCCGCGUCGCAUCUGACGCUACAGUUAGCGAUGUCAUAGAAACUUUGAUCGAGAAGUUCCGUCCAGACAUGCGCAUGCUGUCACUGGGCUCGUACUCUCUGUGGGAGACGCACGGGCCCGACUACGAGCGCCGACUGGAGCCACACGAGAAGCCGCUCUUAGUGCAGCUCAACUGGCACACCGACGACCGCGAGGGACGAUUCCUGCUCAAGUGCCUUACUAAUAACGAGGUUCCUCUGUCUUCCGUCAAUGAAAAAUCAGAUCAGAACUUCAAAAGAAAACUGUCAAAACGUGAAAAGAAAGAGCUCAAAAAGAAAGAAAAACUUUCAAGAUUAAAGUCGGACACCAAUGACGAAAACAGACCGAUUGCGGAGAAACUGUACACAGAGUUGCCGGAGACGUCGUUCACGCGCAGCAUCAGCAACCCGGAGGCGGUGAUGCGGCGCCGGCGGCAGCAGAAGCUGGAGAGGAAGCUGCAGCAGUUCCGCUCCAAGGACGGUGGACCUGAUACAGGCGGUACACUGAAGAUCUACGGGUCAUCGCUGUGCGCGGACGUGCCGUACAAGACGCUGCUGCUGUCGGUGGGCGACUGCGCCGCCGCCGUCGUGCGCGAGAUGCUCGACAAGUACGGCCUGUCCCGGCACGAGCCGCACCACUACUGCAUCGUGCAGGUGGAUGCAGCAGAUAACUCUGAGUACAUCCUAGAGGAUGACGAGUGCCCGCUCGCUAUCGUGAUGACGCAUCCUCAUCGCAGCUCCAUCAUGUUCCACGUGCGGCGGCGGCCGGCGGACUCGCAGCCACGGCGGCGCAAGAAGAAGGCAGGUGGUGGUGCGCGGCCCGGCACCGAGCCCCUGCUGGUCGAGGUCGCCCCCGAUGGCUCAGCCUUAGAGAACGGACGUAGGAUGCGACUUGCAGAUGUACUGGAGGUUGGUUCAGGGAAUGGCACCGGUCUGCAGCUGUACGGGCCGUCGAUCCAGCCGCGGCACUGCGUGGUGGCGCCCGCUGACGGCGGCUACAGCGUCACGCCGCUACACCCCGAUGCUCAGGUCUACCUCAACGGACGCAGGGUCACACACACGCAGCGACUGCAGCAUGGUUGCCUGGUGAAAUUCGGUCGCGUAUCCACAUUCCGCUUUGUGGACCCCGCGCAGGAGAACCUUAUGAACAGAAACCUGGCGCAGUCACAGAACUACGGCUCCGGCUCCAUAUACGACAGAUCGCCCACAUCGGCGGAGAAUAGCGGCGCGAUGUCCCCUACCUCGCUCGCGUCACAUCACGCGGAACUCGACACCAACUCGAACGCGAACGUGACCAACGACACCGAGUACCCGGGCACCGCCAGCCCCGUGUCGCACGACGCCUUCGCUUACAGGGACGGCAACGACACUAUGUCGCCCUACAACAACAACACGCUAAAACUGGACAACGAAUCGCUCAUGAUGUCGCAGCAUCUAAGCGACUCCAAGGACGAGUAUAUGAGGGACGAGCCCUCAGGCGCUGCGUACGGUGAUCAGGAGCAGAGCGCCGCCGUCAGCCGCACCGGCUCGCACUACAAGGACAACUAUGAGACCACUUUCGAUCUUGACGGUAACGUCGAGACGAAGAGCAUUUGCAGCGCCAAAAGCGGUGGUUCGGGACACGAUAACAGGGUGUCGUCGUGCGCGCGGCCGGGGCAGGAGGCGAUCCUGCCGGCCGUGCUGGAGUUCCCGGAGGCGGGGCAGGCGCAGUUCCUCGCCGCCGUCAUCACCAGGCUCGACCCGCACGCGCCCGCCUUCAAACUAGCACCAGUGUACACAUUAUAUUUGUGUGCCAGAUACCGCGCAUCGACUCACUACCGGCCUGAGUUAACGCCGACGGAACGCGCCCACAAGCUGACCGCCUUCUUGCACCACGUCGCUACACUCAUACAUGCCACCGUACAGGAGCGCUGCACGGACUCGGCGGCGCAGGCCUUCUGGAUGGCCAACGCGAGCGAGUUGCUCCAUUUCCUUAAGUGCGACAGACAUAUCUCCUCCUUCUCCACGCAGGCGCAAGAGUUACUGCCACAGACUGUGCAGAACGCAUUCAGCAAUCUAGUGACGUGUUUCCAAGAAGAGCUGGGCCGCGCGCUGGUGACGCUGAACAGCCCGGCGGGGGGCGGGGAGGGCGAGGCGGGGGACGCGACCGAGGCGACCGCGCCCACGCUGCAGGCGCUCGCUGCCGCCAUGGUGCUGCUGCGCCGCUGCCGCGUCAACGCCGCACUCACCAUACAGCUCUUCUCACACCUCUUCCACUACAUCAACGCCUACUGCUUCAACAAGUUGGUGUUGGAGCCGGGCACGGUGAGCGCGCGCUGGGGCGCCGCGCUGUCGGCCCGGGAAAAUAAUCAACUGCAAGACGAUCUAACCCCCGAAACUCCGGGCUGUCCCAUUGAACUCAAAAGCGGCUCCUCCUCGCCUCGGCCUAUACCUAUUUUUACAUUCACUUGUGAGGACUUCGACGAACUACAAAGACAGAGUGAAGCACGGGCCCCGAGCCCCCACCGGCCUCGCGAGGAAGCGCCGCCGGUGCCCGAGCCGCCCGCAAACUACGAUCAGUCGAGCGAGAGCGGCGACGCCAUUUGCUUGCCGCCGCAAAUGCGACCGAUAGAUACCAAACUUACGUUGGAGUUGUUUACCGCGCGCGGCCGCGAGCCGGACGGCUACCGGCGGCGCUGCACGGCCGGCGACGACUGCGUCAGCGCCUGCGAGUGUUGCCGCACGCCGCAGCCCGACGCGCACCAGAUACCCUACAUUGACGAGCCCAACUCGGAACCUGUUAUAUUUGAAAACGAUUGCGCCGACGAGAGGGUCGCUACACCGAAGAUUCGAAGGAUACUUCCUUCUGUGUCCAUAGAUCAGUGCGAUGAUAAGAAACCGGUGACUGCAGACGCCGAGUGCCAGACUUCUUCCUCCCCCGAACACGAAACCACACAAACUAUAUCAGAUUCUUUAUCAUUGAUAGAUAAGAAAAAGGAGCUAAGUUUAAAUCUUGAAAAGGAAUCCAAGAAUAUAGAAAGUAUUCACAGUCGUCUGAAGUCUACAUUAUUGAAUAUGUCAAAAUCGAUUUCCAGUAAAUCGGAAGAUACCGAGGGACCGUCCACUUUUUCCACUUCGGAAUCUUUCGAUGACACUAUGAAUGAGAAAUACGAUCGUAUAGAUAAAGUUCUCCCAAAUGUAAUAAAAAAUGACACGAAGCAAAUAUUAGAUAGCGUCGACAGAAAGUCGUGGAAGUCCCCCGACGAAUACCGACCCGCUUUUGGGAAGGUUAAAGCUUUAACGAAACAGUUUAAUGAAAUGAACUUGAAAUAUUGUGUUAAAAACUACAAGCGGAAUUGUCAGUCUAGUCCCAAUCUUUGCGUCCGCGAUGACAGCAGCGCUAAACUUAAAGACUGUUUGCCGAUUAGCACUAGUUUAGCUGACAUACAGUUUGAUCACACCAAAACCGAUACUAGCUACACCAAGGAUACCAAAAUGUCUGACGAUGAAGUAAAAAGUAUACUGAUACAGCUGGAAGACUGGUCCAGAUACGGCUCCCGAGGCAGCGAGGAUACCCUCGCACAAGGAAACGAAUUCGAAUUACCAAAUCUGCCCUCGGAAGAGCAUACCGACAACGCCUCUCAUAGCGGUAGUAUAAUAUUCAACGAAUUUGUUGAAAAGAAGCCGAGGACAAUAACACUCGAUAACAUUAAACUUAAAUCAAAUCAGUCCAGUAUGACUUCUGUUCGGACGAAAUCUAGCAAAGAUUCAGUGGUGGAAAGUGGCAGCAAUGAAAAAAUUUGUAAUCCGAAACCGCCGCAAGUGGUCGCUAUGACGCACAAGCAUGUGUCGCUACUAGAUGUGUCGACAGAAAGAGGUUUAGACGACAGCCGGCAGUCGUAUGAUACAGUAGCUCAAAGUUGUCCGGACAUUAGCAGCGGCAGUGCACACACUGCAACGGCUUGCUCGGCAGCGCUCAACGGCUCGCAAAUAAUGCGGAACAAACACUGCGUCCAGCUCGAAAGCCCGCCGCCGCUCGCGCACACGCCCGGCGUCAUCGGCGCACAGGAGGUCUACAGAGACCCGCGGGCGCGGCGGCUGGCGGAGCAGCAGGCGCGCGCGGCGCCGGCCGCGGUGCCAGAGACGCUCUCCUUCAAGGAGAAGAUGAAAAUGUUCGCUCUCGAGGCCGGCGACCGCUCCACGCCCAAGGACAAGGUGAAAAUAUCGCGAGCGCAGCGAGACAUUGACGCGGUGCACUGACCGGCACGCGCCUACUCCUCAACAUAACUACUUAAAUCAUCGACAUACGAAGUAUUGAAUAUUAUUUAUAAGAGAGUCUUUAUAAACGAACUUAAUGUAUGCAAGUUAUUUAUAUCUGAUAACGUCACUGAAGCAGCUUUCAGUUACUGUAUUUUGUGAUUCCUUUUAUCCGGAGGUCGGUCCAGUCGCCGACAGAGCUUCCCGCGCUCCGGGACUAAGUUCACGAGAUUGCCUUCAAAUGAACAUAGCACCAAUUUACAACACGAUUUUAGAAUAUAAGUAACGGUUUUAAAAUGUAUUUUAGUGAUAAUGUUAGAAAGACUAGAUGUAGAGGUCGCCUUAGCAGCUAGUGCACAUGUAGCAGCUACCGCGUAUAGAAUUUGAUUCAUUCAAAAAUAUUUUAUAUUAUCUAGAAAUUGUGAUGGCACAUUGAGAUCGAUAAAUUAUUAUUUAAAAAUUAAAUUAUAUUGUGUGCCAUUUGUAAGAAAUUUAUAUUGAAUUACGUUUGUAUUUUGUAUGUUAGAGGUUUAUUAACAGGGAGGACCAAGAGUGCGACGUGGGCGGUGCCUUUGCGUGGACCUUAAUGAGUAAUCGAACAUAUCCAUUGAACUCUUCGCUUCACGCUAUGAAAUAUUAAGCUUCAUUACAUUCCAAAGAAUGAAUCUUUAUUCUAUUUCUAUCCUUUUAUAAGAAUCAUUCCUAUCGCUCUUCUCGAGUCAUCCGUCAUAAAUUGUGUGUAACACGUUUACAUUUAGUACGUAACAUAUAUUUAGAAAUAGAUUAUUUGUUACUUUUAUGAAUUUAAUAUUAAUGUAAGUGCUGAUCCCGUUUACAAUCAACAUAAAGCAAUAAGAGAAUGUGAAGUUUUUUAUGUAAAUACAAAUUUAUUAUAAGCACGUUUGUGCCAAAACUAUACAAUGUGGCAAAUGAAGCGGCAACGCGCCGCGGCCAGCUUGUUGCAGCUCCUCGAUGGUUUUUAUUGUACAUACGUAUUUAAGUCGUAAUGUGUUGACAAUUUUGUACACCUGUUUGUAUAUGUAAAUGUUUAUUUAAAAUGAAUUUAUAUGAGGAGUUUACAUUGCGGAGGGUUGCGAGGCAAACGGUAGGAAGGAAGAAGUAUGUAGUUUAGUUUCUGGAUUUGUUUCCAGUCCACACCCAACGAUAGUCAAUUAGAACAUUUGAGAUUUCUUUGUAGUAUUAUAAUUGAUUACGUAUUUUUUAGCUUGUAUAUAAUGUAAGGUAACCGACCUAGUGACUACAAUAUUAUUUUAUUGUAAUUGGAUUAGCAAUAUCUGUUUCAGAGAGAAAUUGUACUUCUAUUUAGAUAUGAUACAUCCAUACGAAAGAUUAAUUAAAAUAAACUAUCACAAAUAA